CCUCUAUUACUACUAAGAAGACAACAUUUGACUGCAUAUUCACUUGUGUGUGAGUGAGUCGAGAAAAAUACACGCAGUGAGGGUGUAUCUGUGUGUCUUCACGAGUUCGUCUGAGUUAUCUAUUUUAUCUCUUGCUCUCGUUUCACCACUAGAGGAAGGGGGAGUCUGAGAACAGAUGGGAGAGGAAGAAAAGAAACCGGCGGAGGAAAAGAAACCGGAGGAAGCGAAUAAGGCGGCGGCGGAGGGGGAGGAGGAGGAAGGCCAAGGCUGGGCUGAGAAGCCGGCCGAAGAUGGGAAGAAAGAGGAGAAGAAAUCUGAGGAGCCUAAGGGAGAGCAGCAGGAAUCACCGCCGCCGCCUCCUCCGCCGCAAGAAAUCGUUCUCAGAGUUUUCAUGCAUUGUGAGGGCUGCGCUAGAAAAGUCCGGCGAUGCCUCAAAGGCUUUCCAGGAGUGGAGGAUGUGAUAACAGAUUGCCGGGCGAGUAAAGUGGUGGUGAAAGGCGAGAAAGCAGAUCCAGUGAAGGUAUAUGAGAGGGUUCAGAGAAAGAGCCACCGCCAAGUCGAACUCAUCUCUCCAAUCCCAAAACCUCCGCCUGAAGAGAAACCUGAAGAAAAGGAGGAGGUCAAACCUGAAGAGAAAAAAGAGGAGCCUCCUGUGAUUACUGUGGUGUUGGGAGUGUACAUGCAUUGUGAAGCUUGUGCUCAAGAAAUCAAAAGGCGCAUUCAGAGAAUGAAAGGGGUUGAGAGUGCGGAGCCGGACCUCAAGAGCUCACAGGUGAAUGUCAAAGGCGUGUUCGAGCCUGAGAAACUCGCCGAGUACGUGUACAAGAGAACCGGCAAACACGCGGCGAUUAUCAAAGUCGAGCCCGAGAGCGAUAAGGUAGCAGCCAAGAAAGGGGAAGAAGAACCCGCCAAAGAAAACAAGGAAGCCGGCGGUGACGCCGGUGGCGGAAGCGGCGGAGAGCCACCGGCUAAAGCGGAGGCAGAGGCGGAGGACCCGAAGCUGGAGGUGAGAAAGAACGAGUUCUACUAUUACUACCCACAGAAUUACCAGUUGUACCCUCAGAGGUUCAUCCAAGAGAUGAAUGCUUAUCCUCCACAGAUCUUCAGCGAUGAGAACCCCAACGCAUGUAGUGUAAUGUAAAUUUGGAGGAAGGUGAGGGGCACAAUGGGUAAAUCAAGGUGUCCCAGAGAGCCCUUCUGGUCUUGGUGUGUGAUUUACAUGUGGGAUUGUCUGUGGUGGGUAGUAUAAAUCUACAGAAGAGUUGUAGAAUUUUGUACUGAUUUUAGUUUUUUUUUUUAAUCUUAUAUAAUAAUCUUUGUCAUAUACUAUGGAUAAUAAUAGUAUGAUAUAUACUAAGGUAUGGUAUAUAUAAUAUUUUAGUUUUGUGGUCUA